AUGGGAAUUAUCGAGCACUAUGUCUUUCUUUCCGAAGGCGUUCAUGCUGCUGAGCUGGCCCUAAAAAUUCGUCAACAAACAGAACGAGAUGAGCGACGAUUACGAUUGAUGCAGCAAGAACAUGAGAAGAGAAAUAGCGAAAUUGCUGGACUGCAGCAAUACCCAGCUGUUUCUGGUAACGGAGAUGUCCAACAUGAGCAACCCUCUACGCCUGUCCAAGGAGAACGCUCAUCCAUGCAUUCGGAUAGGGCAGCGAAUGAAGCAGAGCCAAGCUCUAAGCCUGCAUCACCAGGCUCAGCCCAACCAUCUGCCACUGACACUCAGUCGCCAGUGAGUUCUUUUACGCUUUAUUUUGACGGGAAAAAUUUUGCCGUGUGGUUUGACUGGACACUGCCUUUAACCCACUUCAUCCACUUCAACCACUUCGCCAUUAGUCAAAUCAGUGAACUGACCAAUAGCGAAGCGAAACAAGUGGAUCAAGUGGACAGCCACUUCGCUAUUGGUCAGUUCGGUGAUCUGACAAAUAGCGAAUAG